AUGGCGAAAUCAAGCUGCCUUGUCCUGCUUUGCUUGCUGUGUCCUGCUGUCCUAGCGGUGUCCUCACAGGCAUACACCUGGAGGAACGUGAAGAUCGGCGGGGGCGGCGGUUUUGUGCCUAAUAUCGUCUUCAACCCGACGGAAAAGGGGGUAGCCUAUGCUCGCACUGAUAUUGGCGGUGCAUACAGGUUAGACGCUGACGAUACCUGGACCCCUCUCUUGGACUGGGUCGAUAACUCCCGAUGGAACUACUGGGGUAUCGACGCGCUGGCCACCGAUCCCAUAGAUACCAACAGACUCUACCUGGCGACCGGCAUGUACACCAAUUCAUGGGACCCAAACAACGGAAACAUACUGAUUUCUACUGACUACGGGAACACAUGGGCGGCCUCACCCCUCCCAUUCAAGGUUGGAGGUAACAUGCCGGGCCGAGGCAUGGGAGAGCGUUUAACUGUAGAUCCGAACAGCAACAACAUCCUUUUCUUCGGCGCGCGUAGCGGACACGGGCUUUGGAAAUCCACUGACUAUGGGUCCAGCUGGACCCAGGUAACGACCCUGCCCAGUACAGGAACAUACGUGCCAGAUCCAACGGAUACAAGUGGUUAUAAUAGCGACAAGAUUGGCAUUGCUUGGGUCACUUUCGACUCAACCUCUGGCUCCAAGGGAGAAGCUACACCUCGUAUAUUUGUCGGUGUCGCUAAUCAGGGUUCCGACAAUAUAUUCGUAUCAAAUGACGCCGGUUCCACUUGGAGCCCUGUAGCAGGCCAAAACAACACGUACUUACCUCACAAAGGUGUUCUGUCACCCGCCGAGAAAGCCCUAUACGUGUCUACAUCCAACGGCGCAGGACCAUACGACGGCACGCUGGGUGCAGUGUACAAGUACAACAUCACUGCAGGCACCUGGGCGGAUAUCACGCCCGUCUCUGGCUCCGACCUGUAUUUUGGGUUCGGCGGCCUUACAGUCGAUCUCCAGCUGCCUGGUACGCUCAUGGUCGCCACCUUAAACUCGUGGUGGCCGGAUGCGAACAUCUUCCGGUCCACCGACGGUGGUCAGAGCUGGACCAGGCUCUGGGAGUGGACGUCGUACCCCAACAUGAACAAGUACUACACAUACGACGACUCUCUUGCCCCGUGGCUCGGUCCUGAUUACACGUACACCGGGACGGACCUGAAGCAGAUUGGGUGGAUGAUCGAGGGUCUGAACAUCGACCCGCAUGAUUCCAACCACUGGCUGUACGGCACGGGCGCCACCAUUUACGGCGGGCAUGACUUGCUCAAGUGGGACUCUGGCACCGGUCGCAACGUCACUUUGAAGUCUCUUGCAGACGGGCUGGAGGAGACAGCUGUCCAGGGCUUGAUCUCGCCUCCGACUGGUCCAGUCCUGUUGUCGGCCCUGGGAGAUAUCGAAGGUUUUGUUCACGACAAUUUAAACACGCCACGGACUACGGAGUACUCUAACCCGACGUGGACAACGACGGUCGACAUGGACUUUGCUGGCAACAAGCCGGCCACGAUCGUCCGCAUCGGAAAUGGAGAUAGUUCCACUGGCAGGCAGGUUGCCCUUUCGUACGACUCGGGUUAUACAUGGUCGCAAGACUACGGAGCCGCCGACAAUAUAACAGGCGGCCACGUCGCCCUCUCCGCCGACGCAGAUACCGUACUCUGGAGCACGAGCAGCAAUGGCGUCCUCGUAUCCCAAUAUACCAGCACUUUCACUGCAGUGUCGUCUCUUCCGUCUGGGGCAAUCAUAGCCUCGGACAAGAAGAACAACUCGAUCUUCUACGCCGCCUCCGGCUCCAAGUUCUACUUGUCCAGGGACACCGGCAAGACGUUCAUAUCAACCGCCACGCUGGGCUCGUCCACCGCGCCCGUGAAAAUCGUGGUCAACCCCAACGUUACCGGCGACGUCUGGGUGUCGACUGAUACUGGCCUGUACCAUUCUACAGACGCCGGGAGCACUUUCGCUGCGGCCUCGGGCGUCAGUCAGGCUUGGGCCACAGCCCUAGGGAAGGCGGAACCAUCGGGGAGCUAUCCCGCGGUAUUCGCAGCGGCCAAUAUUGACGGCGUUGGAUAUUUCAGGUCUGACGAUGCGGGCGCGACCUGGGUACAGAUUAACGAUGCUGCGCAUGGGUUCGGUUCAGUAUCCUCCAACGUCCUUACCGCAGACCCGAGGACGUAUGGCCGCGUUUACAUAGGGACCAACGGCCGUGGUAUAUUUUACGGCGAUCCCAAGUAG